ACAAAAGAGAAAACAAUUGGUAAGAUUUGAGAACUGGGGAACUAUUUUUCAUUUUAGUCGAUUUUGCCAAAAAUAAAACAGACACCCAUGCAUGCGUGGCUACAAUUCCAAAUUCAGUUUUUGGGUCAGAAUGUACUAAAAAUAGCCAAAAACUUGUGGAUUCAUUGCAUGUAGUCACCAUUUCGUCACUUUCGUUUGGCUUUGGCCUUGUAUAAAAGAAAGAAAGAAAAAAGAUCUCUAGGUGGUGAUUUUUCUAUUUAUUUAUUUAUUUUUAUUUGUCAUCAGUCACAGAGCAGAACAAGAAUCUUUCAGAAAUAAGAAACGUUUCAGACCACCAAGUGUUGGGAGGAAGAAGCAGAAAGAGGAAAAAGGUGUGCCAUUGCAACUCAUUAUCCCUCGUACAUAAAAAAAUUCCACUUUUCUCCCCUUUUGGUGUUUAAAAAAUAAUCUCUUCUUAAACAGGUAAUCUGGGGCCAGCUUUUGAACAAGGAAUACCUUUUGGAAUUAGAGGCAGAACUAAGGACACGAGGUAAUUUUGGGCUGAUUCUUCUUUGAAAGUUUUGGGGAAUAAUGGAGGGGUCUAUCGAGCUACAUUGUUAGAUGAUUAGAUGAUGACAAUCAUAUGCCAUCCAUGAUUUUGAUGCUUUAUUUUUAUGGAAGAUUAGCUCUUUGGAUAUUCCUCAAUUUCUUCGAGUUAAAAAUAAUAACCUUUUUUUAAAAAAUUUACUACAUUGUUUCUGUAACAUCACAAUGCCCUUUGCGAGAAUAUUGUUUCUUUGUUUCUAUUUUAGAAGUUGCAUUCAAGUUGAUGUGUUUUCUUAUGGUGCAUUGUGGGCCUUUGGUGUCAGUCUCAAGUAAAAUAGUGGCUAUAUUCAAUCAAACAUGGUAUUCUUAUGGUGAAGUCUUCUAUUACUACGAAACUCUCGUGCUGUUGGAUUCCUUAAGGCUCUUUGUGGUCCUCAGGUAAAAAAAGAAAAAUCUAUAAAGUAACCAAAAAUGUGAAAGAAUUUUGUCUAGCAAUUUUAGGUCAUUAGGAACCACUUCAUUCUAAAUUUCUGUCUGUUUUUUUGUGUAUAUAUACGAAGGAACUCGGCUGCUAAUUUCCACAUCCAUUUUCCUUCUCCAUUUCAACUAGGGGUCAGCUUUUAUUUGUCUAUAAUUCCUGAUAUGAAGUUUUGUUAAUAUUGAUUUAGUGUUUUGAAGUGUAUUAUGUAUACACGUGUUGUGAUCGCUGUUUGAUUAAGUUAAGAAUUGUUUAUGUUUAUGUAUGCUUAUGGUAUUUUCUUAUCAAGUUCUUUCAAAUUCAGGUGACAAUUAAGUACAAGUUCAAAUGAAUAAGAGAGAGAAUUCAACCACCGAGGAGGGACCUGAAACAAAGGAGGACAAUACAAGUUUGACAUCACCAAAUGAUCAAGAACAAGAUGAGCCAUACAUUCACAAAGUUGGGGUUCCACCAAAGCAAAAUCUCUUGAAAGAAAUCAAGUCCGGAGUGAAAGAAACAUUUUUCCCAGAUGAUCCUCUGCGUUCAUUUAAGGAUCAAACCAAGGCGCGGAAAUUUAUUCUCGGCAUCCAGGCUGUUUUCCCUAUACUUGAAUGGGGAAGAGAUUACAAUUUGACUAAGUUCAGAGGAGAUCUUCUUGCUGGACUCACUAUUGCUAGUCUCUGCAUUCCUCAGGAUAUUGGGUAUGCAAAGCUUGCAAAUUUGGAUCCGCAAUAUGGAUUAUACUCAAGUUUUGUUCCACCAUUAAUUUAUGCACUUAUGGGUAGCUCGAGAGAUAUAGCCAUUGGUCCAGUUGCUGUUGUUUCUCUCUUGUUGGGAACACUAGUUCAAGCUGAAAUCGAUUCCACUACUAACCCAGAAGCAUACAGGCGGCUGGUAUUUACAGCUACAUUCUUUGCAGGCAUAACACAAGCCACUCUUGGGUUUCUGAGGCUGGGAUUCCUAAUUGACUUCUUGUCCCAUGCUGCCAUCGUUGGCUUCAUGGGUGGAGCUGCCAUCACCAUUGCUCUCCAACAACUCAAAGGCUUUCUUGGCAUAAAAAAAUUCACAAAGAAAACAGACAUUAUCAACGUUAUGCAGUCGGUAUUCGGCUCAAUCCAACAUGGAUGGAACUGGCAGACAAUAGUCAUUGCAGCAACCUUUCUUUUCUUUCUUCUAUUUGCAAAAUUCGUUGGAAAGAAGAACAAGAGGCUCUUUUGGGUGCCUGCAGUUGCUCCCCUGACAUCUGUUGUUCUGUCAACCCUUUUGGUUUACAUUACUCAUGCAGAGAAGGAAGGAGUUGCAAUUGUGAAACACAUAGACCAAGGAAUCAAUCCCCCAUCUGUGAAAGAAUUAUAUUUCUCAGGUGAAUACCUUGUAAAAGGGUUUAAGAUCGGUGUCGUGGCGGGCAUGAUAGCAUUGACGGAAGCCAUUGCUAUAGGAAGAACGUUUGCUUCAAUGAAGGACUAUCAAAUUGAUGGGAACAAGGAAAUGGUGGCAAUGGGGUUCAUGAAUGUUGUUGGCUCAAUGACUUCCUGCUAUGUAGCAACAGGUUCGUUCUCUCGAUCAGCCGUAAAUUACAUGGCUGGCUGCCAAACUACAGUUUCCAACAUUGUGAUGUCCAUUGUAGUAUUCCUAACUCUGGAAUUCCUCACCCCACUUUUCAAAUACACUCCAAACGCGAUUCUGUCUGCUAUCAUCAUAAACGCUGUGAUCAAUCUAGUUGACUUGCACGCAGCGUUGUUGAUAUGGAAGAUUGAUAAAUUUGAUUUUGUUGCUUGUAUGGGAGCCUUCCUCGGUGUCAUAUUUUUCUCUGUUGAGAUAGGCCUUCUAAUUGCGGUCUCCAUUUCCUUCGCCAAAAUCCUUCUACAGGUUACCAGACCAAGGACUGCAAUUCUUGGAAAUAUCCCCAGGACGUCUGUUUACCGAAACAUACAGCAAUAUCCCGAAGCAAUCAAAGUCUCUGGCCUUUUGAUUGUGAGAGUUGAUUCAGCAAUUUACUUUUCCAACUCGAAUUACAUUAAGGAGAGGAUAUUGAGAUGGCUGGCUGAUGAGGAAGAAUUGACUAAAAAGUCAUACCAGAACAGAAUCCAGUUUCUGGUAGUUGAAAUGUCACCUGUUACUGACAUAGACACGAGUGGCAUACAUGCUUUGGAAGAGCUAAAUGGGAGCCUCAAGAAAAGAGAAAUUCAGCUGAUUCUGGCAAAUCCAGGGCCCGUGGUGAUCCACAAGCUUCACGCGUCCAAGUUUCCAGAUUUGAUAGGCCAAGACAACAUCUUCCUGACAGUUGCAGAUGCAGUCUCAUCUUGUAAUCCAAAGAUGAUGGACGAAGCUUAGCUUGAACAAAGCAAAAGAAACACAAUUUAGGGACUUGGUUGUAUAAUAUGAAACAAGAUAAGACGCACUCACCAAACUGGGACAUACAGAGCUCAACGCACACAGUGUGAGUGUAUCAGUAGUGGGAUGAAUGGUGAUGUGACGGUGAUGGUGAUGGUGGAGUCAACUCCAUCCCAAUACCAAAAAGAAAAGGAAAAAAAAAGUGUGAGGGGGUGUAAAAUGGGAAAGUGGCAUUGUAUCAUAUAUUCUCCAGUCAAAACAAGAAACAAAGAAUAUCAGAGACAGAUAGCGCAUCAUUCAUGGUUAAA